AUGGGAGAUCCGUUGGAGAGGUUGGGAUCAGAGGCAUCAAUGGCAACGGAGUCUGGCAUGAAGUCGGACUUGUGUCUAGAGAUCGAUCCUCCGCUAAGCGAAUCCGUCGCGACCGCCGAAGACUGGCGUCGUGCUCUCAGCAAAGUAGUUCCCGCCGUCGUCGUACUUCGCACAACGGCGUGUCGCGCCUUCGACACCGAGUCAGCAGGUGCUAGCUACGCCACUGGGUUUAUCGUUGACAAGCGACGUGGGAUCAUCCUCACCAAUCGCCAUGUGGUUAAGCCAGGCCCAGUAGUUGCUGAGGCAACGUUUGUGAACCGCGAAGAAAUCCCAAUCUAUCCUGUAUAUAGGGAUCCUGUCCAUGACUUUGGCUUCUUUUCUUAUGAUCCCAGUGCAGUACAGUUCCUAAGUUAUGAAGAAAUUCCUCUUGCCCCAGAGGCUGCUUCUGUUGGACUCGAAAUUAGGGUUGUUGGAAAUGAUAGCGGAGAAAAGGUUUCCAUACUGGCUGGUACUAUUGCUCGGUUGGAUAGGGAUGCUCCACAUUAUAAAAAAGAUGGUUAUAACGACUUCAAUACGUUUUAUGUGCAAGCAGCAUCCGGUACUAAAGGUGGCUCAAGUGGUUCUCCUGUCAUCGAUUGGCAAGGCAGGGCGGUAGCCUUGAAUGCUGGCAGUUGUCAGGCGUUGAGUUUUCUCCAGAAAAGCAUCGACUCGUGCACAGAUAAGCCAAAAGCAGUUCAUAUACCUCGUGGUACCCUUCAGAUGACAUUUCUUCACAAAGGCUUCGAUGAAAUACGACGACUUGGUCUCAGGAGCGAAACUGAACAGGUGGUCCGACAUGCAUCUCCACCAGGGGAAACCGGAAUGCUUGUUGUCGACUCUGUGGUGCCAAGUGGCCCUGCUGAUAAACAUUUGGAGCCAGGAGAUGUUCUUGUUCGUGUGAAUGGCUCAUUAUCACAGGUGCUUACCCAGUUUCUGAACUUGGAAGGACUGAUUGAUGAUGGUGUUGGCGAGAUACUUGAAUUGGAAAUCGAAAGGGGUGGACAGCCACUUUCUGUUAUUGUAUCAGUUCAGGAUUUACACUCAAUCACUCCAGACCAUUUCCUGGAAGUAAGUGGUGUUGUGAUCCACCCUUUGUCCUGUCAACAGGCUCGUAAUUUUCGUUUUCCUUGUGGCCUAGCAUAUGUUGCGAACCCUGGAUACAUGCUAUUUAGAGCUGGGGUCCCUCGACAUGCUAUCAUCAAGAAGGUUGCUAAUGAGGAUAUUUCUGGUCUUGGGGAUUUAAUAUCUGUUCUUUCGAAGCUCUCUAGGGGUGCUCGUGUUCCCUUGGAAUAUAUGUCUCAUACUGAUCGCUAUCGCAAGAAGUCUGUGUUCGUCACAAUUGAUCAUUUGAUCGUCAUGAAUGGUACGCUCCUCCACAGUUGUAUACCCGUAAUGACAGUUCUGGUUUAUGGGAUGCGAAACCUGCAAUCGAACCUGCUGCUGUUCCACCAUCUAUUGCUAUUAUGGAAACCUCUAGCGGGGAUGGUUCUCAGAAUGACUUUGGAUAAUACAGUUUUAAGCGACUACGAAGGUGCAACAGCACUGCUUGCUAAUUCUUCAUUGGCUGAACGUGCUAUUGAGCCUGCUCUUGUCAUGUUUGAGUCGAGAUUCCUGGAGAGGUGGUAUUUCUUCAUCCUGUUCACAACUAUGCUCUUAUUGCGUAUAAUCCGUCAGCAUUGGGCCCUGCCAGUGCUUCAGUCAUUCGUGCAGCUGAGCUACUACCUGAGCCUGCACUGCAACGUGGAGUCAGUUUAUCUUGUCGGAUUGAGUAGGAACCUUCAAGCCACAUCAAGAAAAUCUAUUGUAACCAAUCCAUGUGCAGCAUUAAACAUUGGAUCUGCUGAUUCUCCCCGCUACAGAGCUACAAAUAUGGAAGUAAUCGAGCUUGAUACUGAUUUUGGUAGCUCAUUUUCAGGGGCGCUGACUGAUGAGCAGGGGAGGAUUCGGGCCAUUUGGGGAAGCUUUUCGACUCAGAUUAAAUAUAGUUCCACUUCGUCAGAAGACCAUCAGUUUGUCAGAGGUAUCCCGGUCUAUGCGAUCAGCCAAGUCCUUGAAAAAAUCAUAAGCGGUGGAAAUGGACCAGCUCUUCUCAUAAAUGGUGUCAAAAGGCCAAUGCCACUUGUUCGAAUUUUGGAAGUUGAGCUGUAUCCUACUUUGCUUUCAAAAGCCCGGAGUUUUGGUCUGAGUGAUGAAUGGAUCCAAAUCCUAGUGAAGAAGGAUCCGGUUAGACGACAAGUUCUGCGUGUUAAAGGUUGCCUGGCAGGAUCGAAAGCUGAAAAUCUUCUAGAACAAGGCGACAUGGUUCUGGCAGUCAAUCAGAUGCCAGUUACAUGCUUCAGUGACAUUGAAGCCGCUUGCCGAGCAUUGGAUAAGGGUAGCUACAGCGAUGACAAUCUCAAUCUAACAAUCCUUCGUCAGGGCCGAGAAAUAGAGCUCGUAGUUGGAACUGAUAAAAGAGAUGGGAAUGGAACUACAAGAGUGAUAAACUGGUGCGGAUGCGUUGUUCAGGAUCCUCAUCCUGCGGUUCGUGCUCUUGGAUUUCUUCCCGAGGAAGGUCAUGGUGUUUAUGUCACAAGAUGGUGUCACGGGAGUCCCGCGCACAGAUAUGGCCUCUACGCACUUCAAUGGAUAGUGGAAGUUAACGGGAAGAAGACUCCUGAUCUAAACGCAUUCGCUGAUGCUACCAAGGAGCUAGAGCACGGGCAGUUUGUACGUAUAAGGACCGUUCAUCUAAACGGGAAGCCAAGAGUGUUGACUCUGAAACAAGAUCUUCACUAUUGGCCAACUUGGGAGCUGAGGUUCGACCCAGAGACUGCUCUCUGGCGGAGAAAUAUAUUGAAAGCCUUAAAGUAA